AUGGAGGCUCCUCAGAGGGCCCGGGAGGCCCCUCAAAGGCGUCACGGUGGUCCCUCAAGGGCCCCAGGGAAGGUCCCUCAAAGGCUCCACGGAGGCCCUUCAAAGGCUCCAUGGAGGCCCCUCAGAGGGUCCCAGGGAGGCCCCUCAAAGGCUCCAUGGAGGCCCCUAAAAGGCUACAUGGAGGCGCCUCAGGGAGGCCCCUCAAAGGCUCCACGGAGGCACCUCAAAGGCUCUUUGGAGGCCCCUCAAAGGCUCCAUGGAGGCCCCUCAAAGGCUCCAUGGAGGCCCCUCAAAGGCUCCACGGAGGCCCCUCAAAGGCUCCAUGGAGGCCCCUCAGGGAGGCCCCUCAAAGGCUCCAUGGAGGCCCCUCAAAGGCUCCACGGAGGCCCCUCAAAGGCUCCACGGAGGCCCCUCAAAGGCUCCAUGGAGGCCCCUCAGGGAGGCCCCUCAAAGGCUCCAUGGAGGCCCCUCAAAGGCUCCACGGAGGCCCCUCAAAGGCUCCACGGAGGCCCCUCAGGGAGGCCCCUCAGAAGGCCCAGGGAAGCCCCUUAG